UCUUGAAAAUCCAGAGCAUUCUGGUCCUCAGGAUGCAUUCAGCUGAAAAUGUUCAAUCUUAAAGGAUAAAUUAACUACCUUGCUGCACAGUUUGCCAGUAGCUUCACAGAGGCAUUGCUAUCGUAUAUUAAUAUCACUAUUACUCUCUUGUUACAGAGCACAGCUGUUGGAUAAUUGUGCAUGUCCACUUCAAAUUUUGGGUGUAACAAGUCACAGGCAAUGUGAAAUAUUUGGUACUCUUUAAGUAAAUCAACAGAAAGUAACGUUUUAACUCCAUCAUGUUCAGAAAACAGACCAGGUUUACUAAAUCCCUGUAAAUGGCCUGAAUGGAGCUGCCCUCUGGAGGCAAGAAAAAAGUCAAUAAGUAUAUAGCUAAUUUUAGAGAUUUUGUAUAUGCGUGUUUAUAUUCCCUUUGCAAAUUGUGGAAUCAAAAGUACUAGCUAGCUAGCUACCAUUGUAACGCUGGUAGAAUCAGAGAUUCAGUAUUCAUGGAGGUUAUACAAGGCCUACUUUAAACAUCAUGAACAAAAAUCUUUUUACAAAUCCCCAAGUCGUGCUACGUACUUAUUAUAUGCAGCAAUGACGAUGCACUUUUCUAACGGGGUAACUUUCUCCUGACUCUUUCAAAGGGACUUCUAAACGUGCGCGCCUGCCUAUAACGUCCGAGUUGCACCUUUAACAAUCUCGGGCUGCAAAAGGAACCGGAAACACGCAAUUUGUUGUAUACGCAUAUUCGCAUUGGUGUGGCGUUUGCAUGAUGGGGUUUAUGCUACGUUUGAAGCUUUAGCUCGACUGUUUGGCCCGUCCCGGGUUCAGGUCCAGUGCUAUCCGCACUAUUGCCGUAGGGCGGACAGUGAAGCGGAGUUGCCUCAGGCUUCGAGUCUGCCCGUUCUUUUGUUCAAAACGGAGCCGCCAACUGCAACACCACAAUGAGCUCGGGACAACCGAGCGACAACAACGACCCUGAGGAAUCUCGAGCCAGUGGCGUCCGGGAGUUGGAUGAUUUGUUCCAAGAGGAAGAAAGCGAUGAUGAGGGUUGCUCGAGGCCGUCCUCUCCGGAGACCAGGCGUGAGAAUUCCCGAACCCAGGUUAGCUCGAGGCCUGAGUCCGCGGGAGACGGCGCGUCGAGCUCGGUCUUAAGGGGCUCGAGUGUAUGUGAUUCCCUCUUCUCUUGGUUAUGGAACCGGACUGUCCGCAGAGGGCCGUUCGUAGAUCCAGCACGGGAUAACUUUCGUACUAUGACUCGUCUUUAUUCGUCCAUGAGCCCCGCCGCAGACUCGGUAAACCUUAGUACACAAACCCACGGUGCCGUGUUUAAUCUGGAGUACUCUCCGGACGGGUCGGUGCUGACUGUAGCCUGUGAGCAGACAGAGGUGCUGCUGUUUGAUCCCGUUUCAUCUAGACACAUCAAAACAUUAGUGGAAGCGCAUGAGGAUUGUGUGAACAACAUCAGGUUUCUAGAUAACCGGUUGUUUGCCACCUGCUCUGAUGACACCACUAUCGCACUGUGGGAUUUGAGAAAACUGAACUCGAAGGUGUGCUCACUGCAUGGACACGCUAGCUGGGUGAAAAAUAUUGAAUAUGACACACACACUCGCCUGCUUGUUACAUCUGGCUUCGAUGGAAACGUCAUCACCUGGGAUACUAACAGGUUCACGGAGGACGGUUGUCCCCAUAAGAAGUUCUUUCACACACGGUAUUUGAUGCGAAUGCGUCUCACUCCAGACUGCAGCAAGAUGCUCAUCUCCACCUCCUCCGGUUACCUGCUCAUUUUACAUGACCUCGAUCUCACUCAGAGCCUAGAGGUCGGCAGCUACCGCAUCCUGCGGGCCAGACGGCCCCCCCUUAGCACAGAAGGUUCCUCAACAGGAUCCAGGACAGCAGGUUCUCGCCAUGGCAAUGAUAGCAAAGCCCAUCCACAUAGAGAGGGUUUGUCUCCCAGGAACAGCCUGGAAGUUCUGACCCCAGAGAUCCCAGGUGAGAGGGACCGGGGCAACUGCAUCACGUCCCUACAGCUGCACCCCAAAGGCUGGGCCACGUUGCUACGCUGCUCCAGCAACAUGGAUGACCAGGAGUGGACGUGCGUGUACGAGUUCCAGGAGGGAGCACCGCCCAGGCCGCCUGUCUCCCCGCGCUGCUCAUUGCGUCUCACGCACUACAUCGAGGAGGCCAACGUGGGCCGCGGCUACAUAAAGGAGCUGUGUUUCAGCCCAGAUGGGCGACUGAUCUGUUCGCCAUACGGCUAUGGCGUGCGCCUGCUGGCCUUUGACGAGCGCUGCGGUGAGCUGGCGGACUGCAUGCCGGCACGCACGGCUCUCCUGCGCGAGGUGCGCUCUGUCUUUUCCCACAGCGACGUGGUGCUCACAUCCAAGUUCUCCCCCACCCACUGUCAGCUGGCGUCGGGGUGCCUCAGCGGACGUGUAGCACUCUACCAACCCCACUUUUAGCACUGACACACGCCCUCACACAUCCUCUCAUGCGCACUCUGACACAUGCAUGCACACAAACAAAUCAUGUCUUCUGUCUGACUGUGGGGGAAGAAACAAAGAGCCCUUAAAGGGCAUGCUCAUUUUCUGUUCACAGUUCACAAUAUCGAGGUGUGAAUGUGGGCUUUGUGUAAAUGAGUUGGCUUGUUUUUAGAGAAGUUCAUUUUGUUUGUUCUUUAGAUUGUGUAAUUACUAUGACUUAGGAACGUAUGCAGUAAUGAAUGAAAUAGACCCUUCUCCUAUGGGGAGCUGCUUGUAGUGUGGCAAAUCCAGGUGACUUUUGGGAUGGCAGAAUUAGGUUUUGUAGUCUUCAUGCCCUUGCUGAGAAUAUGACCUCACUCUGAGCCUGUCCCAGAGCCUGGCCUGCAUGUCCCAUGCUCCUCCCCAAGUCCUGCAGCGGUGUAGAUACUGCUGGCCGCUUUAGCCAAUCAGUUCCCUUUGUUACCAUGUAAUGUAGCAUGGAACAUAAGCAGUACAAGCUGUUAAAGCUGUAAUGGAUGGAGCUUUCUGCAUUUUGCCAAAUGUUUUUUAGCAGCACUGUAUUCAUACUUUAGCUCUAAUAAGAGCUACUCUGUGUGUUUCUUACUAACUGUCUUUGUUUGAAAGGCAGCUUGCCUCCUGUGACACUAAUGAAGUUAUGUUUUUAUGGGUUCUGAUUUGUAGAUGGUCAAAGCAGUAAGGUGAGUGUGUGAGUGAGAGUGAUUGGUUCAAAGUAUGUCUGUCUGUGUAAGUAGAUAAGCUAAUUGCUGAAAAUGAUUCUUGGUUAAAUGAGUGUUGGUGAGGACAGUGGGCAUCACACAUACACCAAAACCCCAAGAAUGGACAUGGACAAUCAACAUUGUUGCCUAAACCAGAAAUUCAGUUUUUCAUAUUAUCUCAAAAAUAUGUAUGCACGCCCAGUGAAGAAGCAUAGCCACCAGGCUCUAAGUACUACAGACAGAGAUGUCUGUAGUAACAUGUCAUGAUGUGACUUUUAGGUGAGUGUUUCCUACUGCAGGGUAUUUGUUUUUAUAGCCUUCAAGAAGAAUGAAUCUGAGGAUAUUCAGAGUAAUACUAGCAUUGUUCAAACCCCUCUAACAUUUAUUGAAUAGCUGAAACAUCUGGGUGUGUGGGGUCAUUCUGGAGGCGAGACAUUCCUCUGUUCAGCUCUGCUUCACUUACAAAAUGGUUUAUGUUAGUACUAAAAAACUACUAAAGAUGCAGCGGUACAAAACAAUAAAGAUUUUUUUCAGGA